AUGAACGAUUUAUUAUUUCUUGGAUUCGAAAAACAUUUUUUAACUUCAAAAGAAGUAAAACUGAAUGAAACAAUUUCUGUUUGGACAUUCUCUACGGCUGUUUUCUUUUCUGUUGUCUCAACAAUUGGCUAUGGCAAUCCUGUGCCUGUUACAAGAAUUGGAAGAAUCGCCUGUAUAUCAUUUUCACUUUUUGGAAUACCUCUAACACUAGUAACUAUUGCUGAUUUGGGCAAAUUUUUAAGCGAACAUCUUGUUUGGUUAUAUGGAAAAUGGUUAAAAUUGAAGCGUUUUCUUUCACUAAAAAUAUGUAGGAGAGGAUUUAUUAAUGUGAAAGAAGGAAGAUUUGACGUAUCUAGUCAUCAAUAUUUAAAUCAAGAAUUGUUCGGGAAAAUAGCAUUACUUGUUUUUGCAAUUUUGGUGUUAUACACAGCACUUGGAGGUUUAUUAAUGUCUCAGCUUGAGCCUUGGGAUUUUUUUACUUCUUUUUAUUGGUCUUUUAUUACAAUGACAACAGUAGGUUUUGGUGACUUGAUGCCUCGUAGGGAUCAUUAUACAGCAAUUAUUCUUUUAUAUAUUGUUCUUGGUCUAGCUAUAACAACAAUGUGUAUAGAUUUAGUUGGUGUUCAAUAUAUUCGAAAGAUUCACUACUUUGGUAGAAAAAUUCAAGAUGCACGGUCAGCUUUAGCUGUUGUUGGUGGAAAGGUUGUUCUCGUUUCUGAGCUUUAUUCAAGCCUACUUCAAAAAAGGAAUCAAAAGGGAGGAGGAAAUGUUUCUUGCACCGGAGAGACUGCUUUUAUUAUUGAGAAUUUAUAUAUUGACCCAAGUCGUCGACAUAUAAUUCCAUUUAUUCCUGCUGAUAUUCGCCUCAUCCGUUUUAUUGAUCAACCUCCUAAUUCAUUAUCAAGAACUAGCUCACAAGCAAGUGAAGAUGUUAAGGGUUAUUUCUGUUAA